AUGACAGUUGCAGCAGUUAAUAAUAGAAAGAGAUUAUCAAGUGGAUUAAGUGUCACUUCUAAGGUUUUUGUAAGAUCAAGAAAUGGAGGUGCAUUAAAGAUUGUUCGUGAACAUUAUUUGAGAAAUGAUAUUCCAUGUUAUUCAACUAUUUGUAAUACAUGUCAAGAAAUAAUUAAACCUGAUGCCAAUGGUGAAUUACCUAGAUUUAUAUUAUCUUCAACUCCUACAACUACUGCAAAGGGUGAACCUCAUUAUUUAGUAUUAGAUACAAAUAUCAUUUUACAUGCUAUAGAUUUAUUAGAAAAUACUCAAUGUUUUUAUGAUGUAAUUAUUCCACAAACCGUUUUGGAAGAAGUUAAAAAUAGAUCAUUUCCAAUUUAUCAGAGAUUAAGAAAUUUAGUUAAAUCAGAAGAUAAAAGAUUUAUUGUAUUCCACAAUGAAUAUAAUGAAGAAACAUACAUCACCAGAAAUAAAAAUGAAUCAAUUAAUGAUAGAAAUGAUAGAGCUAUUAGAAAAGUAGCCCAAUGGUUCAAUAAUCAUUUACCAACAAUCAAAACAUUUUUAAUUUGUAAUGAUAAAGAUAACAGAACAAAAGCAAUUAAUGAAGGCAUUGAAGCAAAAUCAUUAUAUGAAUAUAUUGAUAUAUUACCAAAUGGAGAAGAUUUGAAAGAUUUGAUUCCUCAAUAUGAUUCCAAAUUUACUAAAAAUGAAGAUGGUGAGGUUAAUGAAACUUCAUUCCCCGAAUAUUAUUCAAAUUCAAGAAUUAUGGCAGGUAUUAAAAAUGGUACUUUAUAUCAAGGUAUUUUAAACAUUUCAUCUUAUAAUUAUUUACAAGGUGAAGUACUGGUACCUGCUUUCAAGAAACCUUUAUUGAUUCAAGGAUCUAAGAAUCUUAAUCGUGCUUUUAAUUCUGAUUCUGUUAUUGUGGAAUUAUUACCUAAAGAUAAAUGGAAAGAACCAUCAACUACCAUCAUUGAAGAAGAAACCAUUGGUGCUAAUGAUAAUGCAGGUAAUGAUGAUAUUGAAGAAGAUGAAGUAACUCAAAGUGUUGUUUCAGAUAAAGAACGUAUUAUUUUAGCACAAGAAGCUAUGAAAGUUACUAGUUCUAACAAUGAUGAAAAAAGAUUACAACCAACAGCUAAAAUCGUUGGUAUAAUGAGAAGAUCAUGGAGAUACUAUGUUGGUCAAAUUGCCCCUUCUUCAGUUAAUAUUGAUGAAACCACAGGUAAUGCAAGUAAGAAUUGUUUUGUUAUAUUGAUGGAUCCAAAAUUACCAAAAAUUAGAAUCAGAACAAGAAAGGCAAAAGAGUAUUUAGGACAAAGAAUUGUUGUUGUUGUUGAUUCUUGGCCAAUUAAUUCCAGAUAUCCAAAUGGUCAUUUUGUUAGAGCAUUGGGAGCUAUUGAAAGUGCCGAAGCUGAAACUGAAGCUUUGUUAUUAGAACAUGAUGUUGAAUAUAGACCAUUCUCCAAGAAUGUUUUGGAUUGUUUGCCAAAAGAAGGUGACAAUUGGGUUGUUCCACAGGAUCUUGAAAACACAGAUGAUGUUCAAUUGCAAAAGAGAGUCGAUUUAAGAGAUAAAUUAGUUUGUUCUAUUGAUCCUCCAAAUUGUGUUGAUAUCGAUGAUGCUUUACAUGCUAAGCAAUUACCUAAUGGAAAUUAUGAAGUUGGUGUUCAUAUUGCUGAUGUCACCCAUUUCGUUAAACCAAAUACAUCUUUGGACCAGGAAGGUGCUUCUAGAGGUACAUCUGUUUAUUUAGUGGACAAGAGAAUUGAUAUGUUGCCUCAAUUGUUAGGUACUAAUUUAUGUUCAUUAAAACCAUUUGUUGAAAGAUUUGCCUUUAGUGUUAUUUGGGAAGUUGAUGAAGAUGCCAAUAUUGUCAAUGUUAACUACAUGAAAUCUAUAAUUAAAUCUAGACAAGCUUUUUCAUAUGAACAAGCACAAAUGAGAAUUGAUGAUCCUAAUCAACAAGAUGAGUUGACAAAUUCCAUGAGAAUUUUGCUUAAAUUGUCAAAGAAAUUAAAACAAAAGAGAUUGGAUGCAGGUGCAUUGAAUUUAGCAUCUCCAGAAGUCAAAGUUCAUAUGGAUAGUGAAACUUCAGAUCCACAAGAAGUUGAAAUCAAGAAAUUAUUAGAAACCAAUUCUUUAGUUGAAGAAUUUAUGUUGUUUGCUAACAUUUCCGUUGCUAGAAAAAUUUAUGAUGCAUAUCCACAAACAGCUAUGUUAAGAAGACAUGCUCCACCACCGGCAACAAAUUUCGAAACUUUGAAUGAUAUGUUGAAUGUUCGUAAGAAUGGUAUGUCUAUUUCUUUAGAAUCUUCAAAAGCUUUGGCUGAUUCUUUAGAUAGAUGUGUUGAUUCAAAAGAUCCAUAUUUCAAUACUUUGGUUCGUAUUAUGUCUACUCGUUGUAUGAUGGCUGCAGAAUAUUUCCCAAGUGGGUCAUAUGGUUAUCCUGAAUUUAGACAUUAUGGUUUAGCUGUUGAUAUCUAUACACAUUUCACUUCACCAAUUAGAAGAUAUUGUGAUGUUGUUGCUCAUAGACAAUUGGCCGGUGCUAUUGGUUAUGAAACCUUGGACUUGAGUCAUCGUGAUAAGUCAAAGAUGGAAAUGAUUGUAAAGAAUAUCAAUAGACGUCAUAGAAAUGCUCAAUUUGCUGGUAGAUCAAGUAUAGAAUAUUAUGUCGGACAAGUGAUGAGAAAUAAUGAAGCUGAACAUGAAGGUUAUGUUAUCAAGAUUUUUAAUAAUGGUAUCGUGGUAUUAGUACCGAAAUUUGGUGUCGAAGGUUUAAUCAAAUUAGAACAUAUGGGUGAUGUCAACUCUGCUAAUUAUGAUGAAGAUAAAUACGAAUUGACAUUUAAAGAUCAUAAUGGUAAUGAAAGAAAAGUUGCUGUAUUUGAUAAAGUUAAAGUUGAUGUCAAAUCUGUUAAAGACGAAAUCAGCGGUAAGAGAAAAGCACAACUUAUGUUGAAAUAA